AUGGCUGGUGGUGACGCUAAGAAGGGUGCCAACCUCUUCAAGACCCGUUGCGCCCAGUGCCACACCGUCGAGAAGGACGGCGGCAACAAGAUCGGCCCUGCCCUUCACGGCCUCUGGGGUCGCAAGACCGGCUCCGUCGACGGCUACUCCUACACCGACGCCAACAAGAAGAAGGGCAUUGAGUGGAACGACCAGACCCUCUUCGAGUACCUCGAGAACCCCAAGAAGUACAUCCCCGGCACCAAGAUGGCCUUCGGUGGUCUCAAGAAGGAGAAGGACCGCAACGACCUCAUUGCCUACCUCAAGGAUGCCACUAAAUAG